AUGCAAAUAGGGUGUUUUCAAAGAAGCGUAACGAAAAUAUAUAUUUCAGGUACUGGACCCGUUACACCGUACAUGUCAUCAUAUGCCAGGCAACUAGGCUUUUCCAGUGUGAUAGUAGGAUUUAUUUACACCAUAUUACCUAUAAGUGGCAUGCUGGCCAAGCCUUUCUUUGGAUCCAUAGCCGACAGAUUUCGUUGCCAAAAAUUUUUGUUCUUAGCGGCACAACUUUUAACGGCCGCAGCUUUCCUAGGUGUAUUAUAUUCCCCGAAAGUAGAUGUGUCACGCCAAGUGCAGCUAUCGUGCUAUAAGAAUGUUCCUGUUUUGAGUACAAAUUCAACUAUAAGCAAAUGUUCCAUAGAUGAAAUCAAGAAAGUACAAAGUUGGGGUACAUGUAAGGCCGAAAGUAUGGAGAAAAUUUCAGCACAAGAAAGUAUGGAGAAUAGUGAUAGUCUCAAGUCCAAUGCAGUGUUCAACAAACUUUUUAUUCCGGAAUCGGACGCGAAACCACGUACGAGCUCGGACGAUUCUCCGGAUAAUGACGGGAACUUUGAAAGUGCGGAGAACUCGCCUUUAAAUGACACCAUUGUGAAUUUUGCGGAAUUUAACGAAAACAAAGACGCUUCAAAUAACCUCGGUAGCGCGAAUAAAUCAUUCGAUAGUCUUAUACUAGAAAACAGACAAAUAGCCACGUCGAGCGAAGACGAAAGGCCAAAGCGCGAUAACAUUAAUUCUAAUGAUGUGCGACUAUUUACCGGUAUCAAACCGACCGUAUCUACUGGAGCGGUGCCGAAAAUUUCCAAAACUACCCCUGAACCUAAACUCAAGAGGAAGAGAAUCCAACAUAUUCCAAUUGAGACACAGGAAAACACAAACACAGAGUACAUGGACACUAAUACAGAGGGGGGAGAAUUUAUAAAACCCAAAAAAUUUUCCACAAACUUUGUCACCAUCCUAAAGGACAAAGCGGCCAAGUCAAUUCAGAUACAAAACAAAUUCCAGGCGUUGACUGACACCGACUCCGACUACGAGGACCCUAUCACACAAAAAUCGCCCUCAACAAGUAGAAACCCGAAAAUAAGCAAAAAUACGAGAAUUAACAAAGGUAAAGCAACAGAAACCCCAAACAGUACAAACAAAAAAUCCUCUAUGCCCCCAAUAGUGGUAGAAGGGAGAACGGACGACCAUAAUUGCCUAAAAAGAGACCUCCAAAACAUAGUAAAGGGCAAGUAUACCAUUAAAUACACCAACAACUCCACCAUUAUCUAUGUUGAGGAACAAAAUGAUUAUAAGAAACUCCUGGAUAGCAUUAAAGAGUCCAAAAUAUCGUACUACACGUACACGAGCAGAGCGGAGAAAUCCCACGCCUUCGCGUUAAGAGGGCUAACGUCUGGUACCACCCCCGAGCAAAUAGAAGAGGACCUAAUGUUAUCAUACGACAUAAAAAUAAGAGAGAUCUACAAAAUGUCGACCAAAAAUAGACCUCUCUUCCUAAUUGUGACAGACCCGGCAAUAACUCUCGAUUUUUUAAACAAAAACUACAACAGUAUGGACACCACUGUAAUCAGUACAGAGCAAGCUUCCUCAGACACCAAAACUCCCAGUGGUAUAAGCACCCCCUCAAACAUCCCUUACGACCCCAUUGGUCACCCUAACACUCCCCAAAACUCAUGCACAAAGGGAAACCUGAAGAAUAAACCAGAGAGUAUUGAGAAUACACUUAAUCCCCAAGACAGCGCACCAGAUAGCGCCGAUACAACCCACAAAGAUACAGCAAACUUAGGAAACAAUACCCCUAACUACAGCCGCAGCGCCAGUGAUAAAUCCGAAGAAUUUAUUAAUGCGGAUUAUAGCACUCCUACAGGCGAGAACAUCGCCCAGACUGAUUCACCUCAACCUAAUCCUCUGGGGAUUUCCACUCCCAACCCCUCUUCUGAAAACAACCCCUGUCCCCCACCAUUAGUGAACUCAGAUCAGGAACAGAAUUUCCAAUCUGAGUAUGUAUCUCAAUCUAAUCAUCCGACGAAAAUCUUAAUAAAAAGGGUUGAAAUGCCCAAAGGGGUUGUAGCUAGAAACCUAAAUUUUGGUACGCGUGUCGAUUUGCACCAUAUCACACCUCUCCAAACUAAUCUCGGGGCAAUCCCGAAAAAAUUUACUCCAACUUUUCAGACCAAAAGUGUGGAGAAUUUAAGCAUCAAUAGAGUAAUGACUAACCGAAGGAAGGGUGGAUCGAGUAGCUCCGAUCUCGCGGACAGUACCUCGGAUGAGGGCACGCGCGCUCACUCUCUAGAAUACCACAGACAAGUGAGAACUCCCACAUCCCCAAACACCACAUUCCCGCUAAACUACACCGACAAACAGCUAGAAAUAGGCUCCAGCGAGAAAAAUUCCCAACCGCCUGUACUUCCCUUCGAGACUCCCAGAAAGUUCAGCUCGAAUUUCAAAAAACAUAUACGUGAAAAAUCUAAACAAACCCUCACAGUGACUAAAAACCAAUACGCAGUUCUUACAGAUGACUCAGAAUCAGACGUAGAGGACGAAAUUGAUCGUAUUGUCAAAAGGAGACGUGAAAACUCCCCAAAAGAACCCAAGCAACGUCCCAAAACUAAAACUCCAAGCAAGAAACAAGGGUCUAUGCCCCCUAUAGUGGUCGACGAAAAAACCGUCAACCAGUCAGUCCUCAUUCAGGACAUUAAGGCUAAAAUCAAAGGUGGCUUCAGCGUCAAACAUACGAACAAUUCCACCAUCCUGUUCGUGGAUGACAAAGAAGACCACCAAAAAGUCCUACAAAGCGUAAGGGAUGAGAACAUUGCUCAUCAUACGUACACAAAUAGCGAAGACAAAUCGCACGCUUUUGUUCUGCGAGGGCUCGCAGACGGAUCAAAACCUCAAGACAUUGAAGAAGACAUCGAGACACAAUACGAAAUCAAACUAUCUUGUAGUAUAAGCGAUUCCACAGCAAACAUUUUAUGCAUCAGCUGGAAACUUUCGGAAUUUUGCGAGUCAAACUAUUCCAAAACUUUAUCAUUCACUGCCGAUAUCGCUAAACAAGAUACAGAACUUGUGGACUCAUCAGUUAAACUCAAAGUAAAUAAUAUUACUUUAGACAACAGGACUUUUACACCUCCUUGUACACCAAAUCCAUUUAUAUCCACAUGUAAUGUAGACUGCAAUGAUUCUCAGAUAAAUAAUAUGAUACCGGAACCUGCCAUAGACGAUACCGAGGUGUAUGGUCUUUACCAAUUUUGGAAUCUUCUUAUUUUGAUGGUUUUAGGUUGGAUUGGACAAGCUAUAGCAGUCAGUGUAGGAGACGCCAUAUGUUUCGAAUUGUUAGGAGACAAGCCUAGUCGGUACGGUUAUCAACGGAUGUUUGGAUCCCUAGGCUGGGGAAUUGUUGCAGCUCUUGCGGGUGUUUUGAUAGACGCAUCUAGUGAGGGCAACUCGCAAAAGAAUUACGCCGUUGCGUUUUACAUGGGAGCUGGGUUUCUCGUGCUGGAUUUCGUGGCUUCUCUACAAGUAAAAGGUUUAGUUGGUGCCGUUUUUGAAGGAGUGGGGGUUUCCGCCGGCAGUUCACUAGCCGGCACGUUGUACCAGAAGUAUGGCGGUGCAUUAACAUUUCGUUUCUUUGGUAUUGGUGCCUUAAUUCUAUGCGUCAUUCACAUAGGCGUUCAGUAUUUACUAAGAGGUCCUCAAAUCAAUUACAUAACGCCGAAUGAGACACUGAAGAAGAUUAAUGACGAUGACGAGAAGGAACUUACUUAUUUGUAUUCCUGAUAGCCAAAGAAAUGUCAGUGAUAGUCAAUUUUGUAGAUUUUUUUAAUGAAAUUUUCGAAUUUAUAGUAUGAAAGUAGCAGAAUGUUUAAAAAUACCUUUCAAAGCAACCUUAGGACGCCUUAAGGUAGAUCUCAAGAGUAUUAAAUGUUGUGUGAGGUUUACUUUUAUUAAUUUUAAUAUGUGUUUGUUUGGUUAGUGGAUAAUUUUAAUAAUAAUUAUGGAUCAAUAGUUCUUUUAUCCACGAAAUUUUUUUUUUGUAUACGAUAGAAAUUUUAUUUAUUUAAUUGAACUUUUGGAAGAAUCUAGUUAAAGUCAAAAAAGAAAAUUUGACAAUUUUCAGUGAAAAGAUAUUAAUUUAUGAACUUAUUUUCUGAAUCCAUUGUCGACUCUAUAAACUAUUUUUCAUAUAAUAAUAUAUAGUGAUUAUUUUCUAAUCUAUUUUCAGCCCGUACAAUAUUUAUCAUCUAUUGAAAUUUAUUUAAUUAUCUAGGUACUUACUUUUGAUUAAAUGUAUUUUAACUAUUAUUAUUACUUAAAUGAUUUAUUUAAAUCAAAUAAUUGGGUACUUACGCAACACAAUGUUAUAAUGUAAUAAAAAGUGAUACUUCUAAGCAUACAAUUUAGUUUUAAUCAAUUAUCUGUAUGUUACCAAACAGAAUCAGUAUUCCUACGAAAUAACAUUAAAACUCUUAUUUGUAGACUGUGAUGAGAUUGCAUUAUAAAUGGCUUAAGUUAUAUCCUUGACUUUUAAUUACAGUCUUGACUUAACUGAUAAUAACUAUGUCGGUAUCGUAUUUAUUAAUUUAUUGAUGUUUUUGUUUAAUCAAAAAUUGCAUAAGAUACUUGAAGAGAAAUUUCGAUUUUUUUAUUGUUUUAUCUUUAUUGAUUUUAAGCAUUUUAGUUUUAUUUUUAAAUCUGUUAAAAUGGUAGUUGUUUAAUUUUUAUGAAUAUCUUUCAAAUAAGUGGGGUUACCAG